CGGGAAUGCAUCAGCUUGCACAUUGGUCAGUCAGGUGUACAAAUCGGCAAUGCAUGUUGGGAACUUUACUGUUUGGAACAUGGGUUAAAACCAGAUGGACUUCUUCCAAAAGAAUACAACACGUUGAAUGUACAUGAUGAAUCUUUCCAAACGUUCUUUUCUGAGACCAAAUCAGGAAAAUUUGUACCCCGUUCAGCUUAUAUUGACCUGGAACCAAGUGUUGUCGACGAAGUUAGGACAGGAGCCUAUCGUCAGUUGUUCCAUCCCACCACCCUAAUCACUGGUAAAGAGGAUGCAGCAAAUAACUUCGCCAGAGGGCAGUAUACGUUGGGCAAAGAAAUAAUUGACUUGGUGCUCGAUCGAAUUCGGCAGCUUGCAGACUUGUGUGAAGGACUGAAAGCUUUCUUAAUAUUCCAUUCCUUCGGUGGCGGAACAGGCUCUGGUUUUACUUCUCUGCUCAUGGAGCGAAUAUGCGUAGAUUACGGGAAGAUCUCCAAACUUGAGUUUGCAGUUCAUCCGUCACCCCAUAUAUCCACGGCCGUAGUGGAGCCAUACAAUGCAAUACUGAACACCCAUACAACUCUUGAGCUCUCCGAUUGUGCAUUCAUGGUGGAUAACGAAGCUUUAUACCGAGUAUUACGGGACAAGUUAGAAGUUGACCGACCAAGUUACACAAACGUUAAUCGGUUGCUUGGACAAGUUGUUAGUUCCAUAACGGCUGCUUUACGGUUUGAAGGCCCACUGAAUGUGGAUAUUAUGGAAUUCCAGACUAACCUUGUACCAUAUCCUCGGAUUCAUUAUCCACUUGCAGUCUAUGCUCCAACUGCAUCAACCGAAAGAGCCUAUCAUGAACCAAUGAGUGUUUCCGAAAUAACCAAUACCUGCUUUGAACCAAGCAAUCAGCUGGUUCUGUGCGACCCACGACGUGGGAAAUACAUGUCCUGUUGUUUACUCUACCGGGGAGACGUUACACCGAAGGACGUAAAUCUAGCUAUUGCAAAUGUCAAGGCCAGUCGAGUCAUCCAGUUCGUUGACUGGUGCCCAACUGGGUUUAAGGUUGGAAUAAACUAUCAGCCGCCAACUGUUAUUCCAGGCGGAGAUCUCGCUAAAGUUCCUCGUGCUGUGUGUAUGUUAAGCAACACGACAGCCGUUGCAGAAUGCUGGGCUCGGAUAGACCACAAGUUUGACUUGAUGUACACCAAAAGGGCCUUUGUACAUUGGUUUGUUGGCGAAGGGAUGGAAGAAGGCGAGUUUUCUGAGGCCCGAGAAGAUUUGGCGGCCCUUGAACGAGACUACGAAGAAGUUGGUUUCGACAGUAGUCAUCCUGGUGAGUAUGGUAAGAUCCAUUCAACCUAUUUUAUAAUCCCUGCUUUACAGGAAUGCAUCAGUAUACAUGUGGGACAGGCUGGUAUUCAGCUGGGAAAUGCAUGUUGGGAGCUAUUCUGCCUGGAACAUGGCAUUCAACCAAAUGGGCUCAUCCCAAAGAAUCCGUAUAUUCCGGUAGGGGAUGAGAAUACAAAUGCAAUUUUCUCGGAAACAAACAAAGGCAAAUACAUUCCACGCAGUGUAUCUGUUGAUUUGGAACCAAGUGUGCUUGACGAAGUUCGAACGGGACACUACCGCAAACUAUUCAAUCCAAAACAUUUAAUAAGUGGAAAAGAGGAUGCAGCAAGCAAUUUCGCGCGUGGCCAUUAUUCAGUCGGUACUCAGUUGGUUGACGAGGCCAUGGAUCGGAUCAGGUUAUGUGCUGAACAGUGCUCCAACCUUCAAAGUUUUUUGUUCUAUCAUUCGUUUGGCGGAGGUACGGGUUCUGGUUUCAAUUCACUUUUGAUGGAGCGCAUAUGUGUUGACUAUAGUAAAACGUCCAAGCUCGAAUUUGCGGUUUUCCCUGCACCUCGAGUGUCUUCCGCAGUCGUAGAGCCAUACAAUGCCAUUUUGAAUACAUACACAACACUGGAGCUCGCAGACUGUACCUUCAUGUUUGAUAAUGAGGCAGUUUACAACAUAUGUCGACGGCGUCUAGAUGUAGACCGACCUAGUUACACCAACGUGAAUCGAUUGGUAGGACAGGUGGUCAGUGCGAUUAUCGCUCCGUUAAGAUUCACUGGUAGUCUUAAUGGAGAUCUAUGGGAAUUUCAGACGAACCUGGUACCUUAUCCUCGAAUACAUUAUCCCCUAGCUGCAUAUUCUCCGCUGGUUUCCAUGGAGCAGGCCUAUAAACAAAAGCCCACAACAAUGAAGCUGACCAUAGAUGCAUUUAAACAAGAAAAUCAGCUGCUCAGGUGUGAUCCACGUAGAGGAAAAUUUAUGGCAUGCUGUCUUCUCUACCGAGGUGAUGUUUUUCCACAAGAUGUUAACGCUGCCAUUGAUAGUGUUAGAAGAAAACGAUCCAUUCAUUUUGUGGACUGGUGUCCGACUGGCUUCAAAGUUGGGAUAAGUUUCCAACCACCUUCAGCUGUGCCUGCUGGAGACUUGGCCAAAGUACCACGUUCUCUGUGUCUGUUUAGUAAUACAACUGCAGUUGGUGAAUCCUGGUCCAGACUGGCUGAAAAAUUUGACUUGAUGUAUUCAAAGCGGGCAUUUGUUCACUGGUUCGUUGGUGAGGGUAUGGAAGAAAACGAAUUUACGGAAGCUAGAGAUUUUAUGGCCUGCCUUGAGAAGGAUUAUGAGGAGGUUGGCUGUGAUACCUUGGAAUCGAUCAACGUGGAAAGCUGA